CUUACACAACUGUGUCUUUUCUCCAUUCUGCUUGCAUCUCCUGGCCGGUGUGUGCUAUCUCUUCACGUUACUUAUUUUUGCUUUUUAACCAAACAACGCUUUGGAAAUGAGUGGGGACCAUUCCCACAGCGAGGACCAGGUUGACUCAGGCUCUCACUUCAAUGACUCUCAUAAGCAUAAAGACAAAUACAAAGAGAAAGAACACAAACACAAGGACCACAAGAAGGAUAAGGAACGAGAGAAAUCAAAGCACGGCAACAGCGAUCACAAGGAUUCCUCUGACAAAAAACACAGAGACAAAGAGAAGGAAAAGCUGAAGCACAAAGAUGGCAGCACAGACAAAUACAAGGACAAGCACAAGGAGAAGAGGAAGGAAGAGAAGAUGAAGUCUUCUGAUGGUAAAAUCAAAAAAGAAAAAGAGAAUGGAUUUGCCAGCCCACAUGUGAAAUCUGAGCCUGAAGAUGACUUUUACCAUUCUCCUAAACAUGAGAAGUCUCUGAAAAGAGAACGGGAUGAUGAUAAUGAUGCUGAAUUCAAGCCCAAGAAAAUAAAAACUGAAAAUGACAAGAAGGCCAAGAAAAGAAAACCAGAUGAAGAUGUAAAGUCCAAAAAGAAAGACGGCAAAAAAGGAGAAGUGGCUGACGGAAAAAAGAAAGCAAAGAAAGAGCAAGAAGAGAAGUGGAAAUGGUGGGAAGAAGAGAGGUACACAGAUGGUGUCAAAUGGAAGUUUCUGGAACACAAAGGGCCUGUGUUUGCACCACCAUAUGAGCCUCUUCCCAGCAAUGUCAAAUUUUACUAUGACGGUAAGCACAUGAAACUGAGUCCUGAAGCAGAAGAGGUGGCGACGUUCUUUUCCAAAAUGCUGGACCACGAGUACACAACAAAGGACAUCUUCCGCAAAAACUUUUUCAAAGAUUGGAGGAAGGAAAUGACGUCGGAAGAGAAAGCGAAGAUCACAGACUUGAAGAAGUGCGACUUCUCUGAGAUGAACGACUACUUCAAGGCACAAUCUGAAGCCAGGAAGGCUAUGACAAAGGAGGAAAAACUGAAAAUUAAAGAGGAGAAUGAGCGGCUCUUGCAGGAGUACGGCUUCUGCAUCAUGGACAACCACAGGGAACGUAUUGCUAACUUUCGCAUUGAGCCCCCUGGCCUUUUCCGUGGCCGUGGAGACCACCCUAAGAUGGGAAUGCUUAAACGACGCAUCAGGCCUGAAGAUAUCAUUGUCAACUGCAGCAAGGACUCCAAGCACCCUGAGCCGCCAAAAGGCAGGAAGUGGAAAGAGGUUCGCCAUGACAACAAGGUGACUUGGCUGGUGUCGUGGACUGAGAACAUUCAAGGUUCCAUCAAGUACAUCAUGCUGAAUCCCAGCUCUAGGAUCAAGGGAGAGAAAGAUUGGCAGAAGUAUGAAACAGCUCGUAGAUUGAAGAAAUGUGUUGACCGUAUCAGAAACCAGUACCGUGAAGACUGGAAGUCUAAGGAGAUGCGGAUCAGGCAGCGGGCUGUGGCCCUCUACUUCAUUGACAAGCUGGCUUUGAGAGCGGGUAACGAGAAGGAGGAAGGAGAGACUGCGGACACCGUGGGCUGCUGCUCUCUGAGAGUUGAACACAUCAAACUCUACCCAGAAAACGAAGGCCAGGAGUAUGUGGUGGAGUUUGAUUUCCUGGGUAAAGACUCCAUUCGCUACUACAACAAAGUACCUGUGGAGAAAAGGGUAUUCAAGAAUCUCCAGCUGUUCAUGGAGAACAAGGAGCCUGAUGAUGACCUGUUUGACCGCCUGAAUACUACUGUUCUGAACAAGCAUCUUCAGGAGCUGAUGGAUGGUCUGACGGCCAAAGUUUUCCGUACCUACAACGCUUCAAUCACCCUGCAACAGCAGUUAAAGGAGCUCACAAAUGCGGAGGAAAACAUUCCAGCCAAGAUCUUGUCCUACAACAGGGCUAACAGGGCUGUGGCCAUCCUGUGUAACCAUCAGAGGGCUCCACCAAAGACCUUUGAGAAGUCCAUGCAGAACCUGCAGGCUAAGAUUGAUGCAAAAAGGGACCAGCUCGCUGAUGCCAAGAGAGAUUUGAAGAGCGCCAAGGCAGAUGCCAAAGUACGAAGAGAUGAAAAGUCCAAAAAGGCUGUGGAGACCAAGAAGAAGGCCAUUCAGAGGAUAGAGGAGCAGCUCAUGAAGCUGGAAGUGCAGGCAACUGAUCGUGAAGAGAACAAGCAAAUUGCCCUCGGCACUUCAAAGCUCAACUAUCUGGACCCUCGCAUCUCUGUGGCUUGGUGUAAGAAGUGGGGCAUCCCUGUGGAGAAGAUCUACAACAAAACCCAGCGUGAGAAGUUUGCCUGGGCCAUUGAUAUGGCAGACGAGGACUAUGAAUUUUAAAUCGCAGUUUGUGGUUUUAACUAUUAUACACCCAUUUUUAUUGGAUACUUUUUUUUUUUUUUUUUUUUUUUUUUUUAGCUUAAGUCAAUUUUACUGGAUGGUCAGACCUGCCAGGAAUUUUAGAAAGUUUGAGAAGAAAAACGGUGGCAACACAGAGAGAUGAAAAGAGGCCAUGUUGAAGUGGCAGGGGGGGUGGUUGUGGUUAGUCUUCAACAUCUGAUCUGAGAUCAGACACAAAGCCUGAACUAUACCCACAACUGAGCAUCGAGGCAAAGUCCCUGUAAUCGGAAGACCCUUUUAUCUUUGUCUCGCUCCCUCCAAAAAUGCCUGAACUGAACUCUGUGGUUCCACAGCUACUGUAUUCAAGCAAAAAGAAAAAAAAUGCUUUAUCAUUUUAUUUUUCCUUGUUCACUUGCUCUGUAUUUUAGCCUCCCAUGUAUUAAUGAAUUCUAUAUUUUGAUAGACAAAGUUAAAUCAGAUAAAUUCUUAACACCCAUGCGCCUUUCCAGGAAAUGGAAUAGUGAGCUCGGCAUUUUAGGGAUGGGUGUGUGUGUGUGUCUGUCAGGACUGUGUGUGAAUGAGAAUCUUGGCCAAUGAAGCGAUCUGUUUGGAUGAAUAUUUUAAACUGGACUACGAUGAAUUGUUUGGAAUGAAAGAGGAUGUCAGGGCAGGCAAAGGGCAAAAAUAAUGCAACCAUGUCAAUAUUUACUUAAGCAAGCAGAAUGUGAAUAUUUUGUUUUACAGCCUCCAUCAGGGACUAUAUUCAGUGUAAAUGUGAACCAUUCAUUUUAAGCUGCAAGCAUCCUCUGAAUCUCUUUGUACCCCUGUCUUCAUGUGGUUUUUAACUUAAUUUAACAAUUGUUCCAAGGAAGAAUCUCCCAUCUGUUACUUGAAGAUAAUUCAAUGAUAAUGUAUUUAAAGUCAGUUAAUGGAAAAUGUUUCUUUACAGAAGAGUAUGUAAGGGGUUUCCACUUUGCCAAAAAUCACCAACCUGUUACAAUUUAGGCAGUUUUUUUUAAUUAUGUAAAGAUUGAGGAUAAAGAAAUGUAACAUUUAAUGUGAAUUCAGUUCAUUUUAUUCCACUCUUAAAAUAGGAAAUUGAUGUAAGUAGCUGUAAAGUCAACAUCCUAUUCUUGUUUUACCUUCUGUCAUAGCUUUGAUCAUGUUUUCUUUGAGUUUUAUGCUCAUUGUAGGUUGAAAAAUGAAUAAAACCCUACAAGUAA